UGAGGAGCUCGGGCCGCUCGGGAGCGCGACGUGGCAGAGCUGGAGGCCGCGGGGGAGCGGGGCUCGAGCGGCCCCCGAGGCCCGGGGGAGCGGAGUUCGGGGGCGCCUGCGGCGGCCGCGGGGGCGCCGGGGGAGCGUGGGGGCGAUGGGACGCCCGGGAGGCCGGCGGCCGGGGCGUCGGCCAUGUUCGCGGGGCUGCAGGACCUGGGCGUGGCCAACGGCGAGGACCUGAAAGAAACCCUGACCAACUGCACGGAGCCUCUGAAGGCCAUCGAGCAGUUCCAGACGGAGAAUGGCGUCCUCCUACCCUCCCUGCAGUCGGCCCUGCCCUUCCUGGACCUGCACGGGACGCCGCGCCUCGAGUUCCACCAGUCGGUGUUUGAUGAGCUCCGGGACAAACUCCUGGAGCGAGUGUCAGCCAUCGCUUCGGAAGGGAAGGCCGAUGAAAGGUACAAGAAGCUGGAGGAUCUUUUAGAGAAGAGCUUUUCUCUGGUCAAGAUGCCAUCCUUGCAGCCAGUGGUUAUGUGUGUCAUGAAACACCUGCCCAAGGUGCCUGAGAAGAAGCUGAAGCUGGUGAUGGCAGACAAGGAGCUCUACCGAGCAUGUGCUGUGGAGGUGAAGCGGCAGAUCUGGCAGGAUAAUCAGGCACUUUUUGGUGACGAGGUCUCCCCGCUGCUGAAGCAGUACAUCUUGGAGAAGGAGAGUGCACUCUUCAGCACGGAGCUUUCUGUCCUGCACAACUUCUUCAGCCCCUCUCCCAAGACAAGGCGCCAGGGUGAGGUGGUGCAGAAGCUGACACAGAUGGUCGGGAAGAACGUGAAGUUGUACGACAUGGUGCUGCAGUUCCUGCGCACGCUGUUCCUUCGAACCAGGAACGUGCACUACUGCACUCUGCGGGCUGAGCUGCUCAUGUCCCUGCAUGACCUCGACGUGGGCGAUAUCUGCUCUGUGGACCCUUGCCACAAGUUCACCUGGUGCCUGGACGCCUGCAUCCGAGAGCGGUUUGUGGACAGCAAGAGAGCGCGGGAGCUCCAGGGAUUUUUGGAUGGUGUGAAGAAGGGUCAGGAGCAGGUCUUGGGGGACUUGUCCAUGAUCCUGUGUGACCCCUUUGCCAUCAACACACUAUCACUGAGCACUGUUCGGCACCUGCAGGAGUUGGUUAGCCAGGAGACACUGCCCAGGGACAGCCCUGACCUCCUUCUGCUACUCAGACUGCUCGCGCUAGGACAAGGAGCAUGGGACUUGAUUGACAGCCAAGUCUUCAAGGAGCCCAAGAUGGAAGCUGAGCUCAUCACACAGUUCCUGCCCAUGCUCAUGUCCUUUGUGGUGGAUGACUAUACCUUCAAUGUGGACCAGAAGCUGCCAACUGAGGAGAAAGCCCCCGUCACGUACCCCAACACACUUCCCGAAAGUUUCACCAAGUUUCUGCAGGAGCAGCGGAUGGCCUGUGAAGUAGGGCUGUACUACGUCCUCCACAUCACCAAGCAGCGGAACAAGAAUGCGCUCCUACGCCUGCUUCCCGGGCUCGUGGAGACAUUCGGUGACCUGGCCUUCAGCGACAUCUUCCUCCACCUGCUCACGGGAAGCCUGGUGCUACUGGCCGAUGAGUUUGCCCUGGAAGAUUUCUGCAGCAGCCUCUUUGAUGGCUUCUUCCUGACUGCCUCUCCCAGGAAGGAGAAUGUGCAUCGGCAUGUGCUGCGUCUCCUCCUCCACCUGCACCCCAGGGUGGCCCCAGCCAAGAUGGAGGCCUUGCAGAAGGCCCUGGAGCCCACAGGCCAGAGUGGGGAGGCUGUGAAGGAGCUCUACUCCCAGCUCGGCGAGAAGCUGGAGCAGCUGGACCAUCAGAAGCCCAGCCCUGCCCAGGCCACCGAGACGCCGGCCCUGGAGCUGCCCCUCCCGAGCGUGCCCGCCACGGCCGCCCUCUGAGCGGGCCCCUUCUGGGGGGAGGCCCCGGUGUGUGAGCCGGGGCGGGGGUGGGCAGAGCGCUCCUUCGUCUGCUUGGCCUGCUGGAGUCGGUCCUUGGCGGACCCCAUGGGUGGGGGGCGAGACCCCAGCCGUGCGCUCUUAGUGGAAAGCUCGCACUGCAGGUUUUCAGGGCACUGGCAGAGAUGGGCGAUGAGUGAAGUUAGGAAGAAGCUAAGGGGUUGGGCAGGGGCCAAGUAACCUGACGUGCGGCAAGGGUUGGGGGCAGGAGGUGUGCGGGGCCAGGAGGCCAGUCUGCAGGAGAGGAGGCCUCGGGUGUUUCCAGCGCAGCCCCUCCCCGCAGCACCUGCCUCACCUGCCUGCUCGGCUUGUGAACCUUGUCGGGGACAGCAGGGGCACCCAGAGGUUUGUUUCGUCUCAUGUAAAUAAAAGACCUUUU